GGUGACGCUACAUAACUAUCACUCUGUAACAUACAAUGGAGCAGAAAGUUAAUCCGAUGUCUGGCUGUUCAUUGCAGUUUAUGAUGUCUCUGAUAUUCUGCAGUUAGUUAAUAACAAACUGAGUUUAUGGAGAGGAGAUCUGCUCUUGGGUCGCUCUUUACCCCUCUCUGCUCCAUUUCCUCUUCCUCCUCCAUGUGCCAGCAAGAUAUCUCCAUCAUCAUAAGAUGGCUUCCUCUAGAAAUCUGAGCCGGUUUUGGGAAUGGGGAAGAAAAAUUAUCUGCGUUGGAAGGAAUUACGCUGAACAUGCCAAGGAGCUGAAAAACGAGGUGCCCACAGAGCCAGUUUUAUUUCUUAAAACUCCCUCAGCCUACGUGAGGGAAGGUGCGCCCGUCCUCCUGCCUUUCUACACCAAUAACCUGCACCAUGAAGUGGAGCUCGGCGUGGUCAUUGGCAAAGGAGGUUCAAACAUCGCUCAGUCAAAUGCUAUGGACCAUGUAGAGGGCUAUGCUCUGUGCCUGGACAUGACCGCCAGGGACAUUCAGGACCAGUGUAAGAAGAAAGGCCUUCCGUGGACUUUGGCCAAAGCCUUCGAUACGUCUUGCCCUGUUAGCGAUUUCAUCCCCAAAGAAACGAUACAAGACCCCCACAAUCUGAAGAUCUGGUUGAAGGUGAAUGAUAACCUCAGACAGGAAGGACAUACCUCUUCAAUGAUCUUCUCCGUCCCGUUCCUCAUCAGUUACAUCAGCAGGAUCAUCACCUUGGAGGAAGGAGAUCUGAUACUGACGGGGACACCGAAGGGAGUCGCGGCCGUUGGGGAAAAUGAUGAGAUGGUGGCCGGCAUAGAUAAUAUCAUUACCAUGAAGUUUCAGAUUAAAAAACAACUACAGUGAGGAGAACUUA